UCACUGUCUGUUUUUCCCCCUACAUCCAGCUGUGGACAAAAUGGCCGCCACGGCGAUGGACGGGGCCGCGGCCGAUGCGCGUCUCACCGAGACGAAGAAGUACGAGUACUUCAGCUCGAUCAACUCCAUGGCCAGGAAGAUAAUGCAGGAAAGGGAGAAAAUUAAGGAGAAGUACGGCACGGCGUGGGAGGACAUGUCGCCGGCUGAACAGGACACGGCGAUCGACGACGGGAUGAUGGAGCCGAAGAUACGAGCUCGCUAUGCUAUGCACCGGACGGACCGCGAAGAACUGGUGUGUUAUCCUAAAAUGCUGAUCCAAACCGGACAGAAAAUCGUCCACUUCGGAGAGGAGGAUCUAACUUGGCAGGACGAACAUUCUGCACCCUUUUCUUGGGAGACCAAAAGUCAACUGGAAUUUAGCGUGAUCAACGGCGCUCCGGAGUCGGCCUCGUACUCCGUGAGUGAAUCCAAACCCAAAACAUCUCAGAGCAGCAAGCUACCCGGGAUCGAGGGCUCGGGAUCGGUGAGACGUGACGAGGAGUCGUCUUUCUGGAAGCUGAGCGCCGAGAGGUCACGCCUGGAGGGCGAGAAGGCAGACUUCCAGUCGCUUACGCCCAGUCAGAUAAAAUCGAUGGAGAAAGGAGAGAAGCCGCUGCCUUUGUACCUGAGGUCUGAAUCCGGAUCCAGGGAAGCGCAGGAACCUGCAGCACCGCGUCCCGUCAAACAGAGAGUGUCUAAACCUCCGGCUCCUCCUCCUCCUGCCCCCAUCAGCGUGAACCCGGCUCCUCUGAGUGUUACACCGGCACCUCUGAGCAUGAACCCAGCACCUCUGAGUGUUACCCCGGCACCUCUGAGCGUUACCCCGGCACCUCUGAGCGUUACCCCGGCACCUCUGAGCGUUACCCCGGCACCUCUGAGCGUUACCCCGGCACCUCUGAGUGUUACCCCAGCGGCUUUUAGCGUGACCCAGGCACCUCUGACCGUGAACCCCGCACCUCUGACCGUGACUCCAGCACCCGCUGCACCACUAGGAGGCUGGGAAAGAUCUCAGAGCACCCUGCCAUCUGUCAGCAGCACUCUAGAUGAUGUGUUCAGUCCCGGUUUGGGUCCGAAAACACCAUCAGAGUCAACUAAAGACAGAGAGAAGGAAGACAACGUGCAAACUGGAAGCCCUGCCUUUUCACAAUACAACACAAGCAGCACCAUCCUCAAGACUGGCUUCGACUUUUUGGACAACUGGUAACAUCUGGACGCAACCUCAGGCAGCAGCGGCUCCAUUCCAGACAACAGGACGUCCUCCAUCCCUACAUACACACACACACACACUCAACAAAACCGUUACAGAUAUACCCACAUCUUAGAAACGUUAAUAAAGCUACAAUUGGUAUUAUCGUAGAGCUGGGGCAUGUCGAUUAAUCAGCGUUACGCUAGUUUACGUUUGGUGUGUGAAGUUUGCGUUCUUUAUUUUGGACUGAAACUGACAGGCUGGAGUCGUGAGAACAUCUAGCUAGCAUUAAAUCGUUACAUUUAUAGCGUAUAAUAAUGUCAUAAUGUGUUGGCAGUUAUCACGACGCCAAAGGGCUAGCUUUAAUAAGCUAGUUAUUUAUCCGCCAUGUGUUUUUUUUUCUGCCUAAGCUAACUUCAGACACCAAAUAUGCCUUUAAGAUAUUUUAUUUGUCCAAAGCACUCUUUAAAUUCUAUAGAAAUCAUUUUUUUUGUCAGUGAAUCUCUGAAGAAGUACUGAUUGUAGCUUUAAAACAAACAAACUAGCAUUAAAAAAAUGUAUUCACAAGAAAAUGUUACAAAUGUAUUCACAAUACAGCAAUAACACAGGAAUCUGGAAAAGGAUAAGAAACUUUUAAACAAAGAUUAGACCCUGGGAAAAAAAUAAAUAAAGGUUAUUUUGAUAGAAUAUGCCGUGUGUAAUGUGAUGCUAACUAGCCUGCGCUAGCUUGUUAGCAUUUUAGAUAACGAGGCUGUUCAGACUGUUGUGCCUUGUCUCUGCAGUUUUAUUUUCCUUUUUCCUUUUUAUUUUAUUUGUUCUUCAGACCUGAGUACUAGUGCUACAAUGCUUUAGACAGUAGAUGCUGACAUUUUGAAGCGAGGAAGAUGAGCAUGGUUUUAGAAAAAUAAUAAUAAUGGCGCAUUUUACACUACAGUGGUUUUCUAGACUUUUUUGAUACACUGCCUGUCAUUUUGUCAUGAUCAUGUAUUGCACUCAUGUGACCUGUGUUCAGUAAUGUAUUUAUGAGGUCUUAAACCAAUAUUUUGUC